AUGGCGACAGCAAGACAGUUCCCUACCAUCAAGAGCAUACGAUCCUUCGUCAUCGGCGGCGUUGGCUCGGGUGGUGAUUACCACAAUGUCAAGGGCGGCCAUUGGCUAAUCGACUCUCCCAUCUCGACGCCAUGCUCACAAUGGGAAAAGUAUCGGGCUUCCCGUACAAGCUGGGGCAUCAAUGUCCUGGGCUCCUUCUUUGUUGAGAUCGAGGCCACCGAUGGCACUGUCGGAUUCGCAACUGGCUUUGGAGGUCCUCCGGCAUGCUGGCUCGUCCACCAACACUUUGAACGUUUCCUCAUCGGCGCUGACCCCCGAAACACCAACCACCUCUUCGAGCAGAUGUACCGCGCCUCAAUGUUCUACGGCCGCAAGGGUCUUCCCGUUGCCGUCAUCUCAGUCAUCGACCUCGCCCUCUGGGACCUCCUCGGCAAGAUCCGCAACGAGCCCGUCUACAAGAUGAUUGGCGGCGCCACCAAGGAGCGACUCAACUUUUACUGCACCGGUCCUGACCCGCCAGCCGCCAAGGAGAUGGGUUUCUGGGGCGCCAAGGUGCCACUCCCCUACUGCCCGGAGGAAGGGCACGUCGGCCUGCAAAAGAACAUUGAGUUCCUGCGCAAGCAUCGCGAGGCCGUCGGCCCGGACUUUCCCCUGAUGGUGGACUGCUACAUGUCGCUCAACGUGUCGUACACGAUUGAGAUUGUCGAGAAGACCAAGGACCUCGACAUCAACUGGUGGGAGGAGUGUCUUUCCCCCGACGACACGGACGGCUUCGAGCAGAUCAAGCGUGCCCACCCUACCGUCAAGUUCACCACGGGCGAGCACGAGUAUUCGCGCUACGGGUUCCGCAAGCUGAUUGAGGGCAGAAACCUGGACAUCAUCCAGCCGGAUGUGAUGUGGCUCGGCGGCAUGACGGAGCUGCUCCGCGUGGCUGCCAUGGCGGCCGCUUACGACAUUCCCGUUGUCCCGCACGCUAGUGGACCGUAUAGCUACCACUUUGUGAUGAGCCAGCCGAAUACGCCGUUCCAGGAGUACUUGGCUAACUCGCCUGACGGAAAGAGCGUGCUGCCGGUGUUUGGCGACUUGUUCUUGGAUGAACCAAUCCCCACCAAGGGGUUCUUGACGACGGCGGACCUGGACAAGCCGGGCUUUGGGUUGACGCUUAAUCCUGUAGCGAGGGCCAAGUUGAUCCCCAGUGCUUAUUUGCUUACACCACCACCUGCGGUAUCGUCGACACUGGCGGGUGCUAGUUCGGGUGUCACAGGUGCUGAGGAGACAAAGCCGGCGCCGGCACCGGGGGUGACAGAGCACAAGGACGAGAGUGAUGGGGUGCUUGAUGGGUUUGUAGCGAGGAUUCAGGAGCUUACGAGCUUGUAG